CCCCGGGAUGGCCCGGGGCGCAGGACGCCCCCGGUGACCUGUGCCCCCUCCCCAGAUCCCGGCGGGAUGCGGUGUCCCGGCGUGUCCCUGUGGGGGCUCCUGUGCCUGGGGGUGGCCGUGGCCGGGGGGCGCCCCGUGCGGCUCGAGAGGGUCCGCGGGGACGCCCGGACCCUCAUCCGGACCCUCAGCACCCGCCUCCAGCAGCUGCAGCUGUUCCCCCUGACCCUGCGUGUCACCGGCCUGGAGGGGGUCCCGGAGGGGGGGUUCCCGGACGGGGGGGUCCCGGCGGGGCUGGGGGUGGCAGCCCAGCGGCUCCAGCUGUUCCAGCGGCUCCUGGGGGCGGUGCCCGGGGGUGACCUGCGCCUGGCACAGGUGGCCAACGACCUGGAGAACCUGCACAGCCUCCUGGGGGUCCUGGGGGCCCUGCUGGGCUGCCCCCCGCCCCGCGACCCCCCCCCGGCCCCCCCGGCCCCGCUGGCCGAGGCUCCCCACACCGUGACCGGGGUGGCCCUGGCGCGGCUCCGGGGGUGCCUGGAGGGGAUCGCUGCCCACCUCGAGGGGGACCCCGUCUGUUAGGGACCCCCGGACCCCACCGGGACCCCCAGGACCACCCCAACACCCCAUGGACGUGACCGGGACCUCACCAGGACCCCAGCGGGACCCCCACAAGGGCUCCUGGGACCCCACAGACCCCCCCAGCCUCAGCAGGACCCCACGGACACAACCAGGACCCCACGGAAACACCACAAGGACCCCCCAGGUCCCACCACGACCCAUCCCACUGACCCCCCCAGGAUCCCAUGGA